GGCAAACAUGAUUUCAGACCCUUUUUUUCCCGAUUUGAAGAGAGGUUAAGUUUGGGGGAAAAUGGAGGAAUUUGCAGAAGCGUCGACAAGCAAUGUAAGUGUGCCGCUGCUAAAAGAGACGGAGACUAUGGAAGGCGUCGUCGACUAUAAAGGCCGGCGUCCAGUGAACAGAUCUGAUACCGGUGGAUGGAGAUCUGCCGCUUUUAUUAUCGGAGUGGAAAUCGUAGAGAGGUUUGCUUAUUUUGGGAUAAGUUCAAACCUGAUAACCUACCUGACUGGGCCAUUACGGCAAUCGACGGGGACGGCGGCGGAGAACGUCAACGCUUGGUCGGGUGCUGCGUCGAUGCUCCCUCUCUUUGGAUCCUUCAUCGCCGACGCUUUUCUCGGUCGAUACCGCACCAUCCUUUUCGCUUCUCUCCUCUAUAUUCUGGUGAUUCCUCACUCUCUCUCUCUCUCUCUCUCUCUCGAUUUCUGCAAUUCCUCUCUCUGGAUUUCAGAU